AUGAAUCUGUCGUUCGCCGGUUGCGGUUUCCUGGGCAUCUACCAUGUCGGUGUUGCGGUGGCAUUCAAGAAGUAUGCGCCCCAUCUGCUCCUGCACCGGAUUAGCGGCGCUUCAGCCGGAGCCCUGGCCGCCUGCUGUCUCCUUUGCGACAUGCCGCUCGGUGAAAUGACGUCGGAUUUCUUCCGGGUGGUGAACGAGGCCCGAUCGCACUCGUUGGGACCGUUUAGCCCACGGUUCAAUAUCCAGACCUGUUUGCUGGAGGGACUGCAGAAGUUUCUGCCUCCUGAUGCGCAUGAACGCGUCAACGGCAAACUGCACAUUUCGUUGACUCGCGUGUACGACGGCAAGAACGUGAUCGUGUCCCAAUUCAACAGUCGUGAGGAUCUCUUGCAGGCACUUUUGUGUGCUUGCUUCAUACCGGUGUUCUCUGGGUUGUUGCCACCGAGGUUCCACGGUGUCCGGUACAUGGACGGAGCGUUUUCCGACAACCUGCCAACGCUGGACGAGAACACGGUCACGGUCAGUCCGUUCUGUGGUGAAAGUGACAUCUGCCCGCGCGACAACAGCUCGCAGAUGUUCCACGUGAACUGGGCCAACACCAGCAUCGAGCUGUCGAAGGAAAACAUCAAUCGGUUUGGGCGCAUCCUGUUCCCACCGAAGCCCGAGAUCCUGUCGUCCUUCUGUCAGCAGGGUUUCGACGAUGCGCUCAACUUCCUGCACCGUAACAAUCUCAUCAGCUGCACGCGCUGCCUCGCUGUACAGUCGACGUUUGUGGUUGCGGAACAACCUGCUCCGAACCUUGAGCAGCAGAUCCUGGAGGAGUACGAUCCCGAGUGCAGCGAGUGUAAGGAGUGUACGCAGCACCGUAAGAACGCGCUUGUCGGUAGCAUGCCGGAUAACGUGCUCACCGUGUUCCAGACGUACAUUGAGCAGGCGAACAAGGGUCUCAUCAACUGGGUAUUCCGGCACCGGGGUGGCAAGUUACUAACAGCGCUCUCGCUUCCGGCUGUCCUGCCAGCUGACAUCAUGUGCGCAACGCUAACGAAGCUGGCGGCAAUGGGUGUCCUCGAUCGGCAGCGCGUCCUGGCGCACUUCGAAAGCCUUCUAGCCUAUCGACUGAUGGGCGCGGCACCGUCGAUAGGCAAGCAGAUCUGGGCGAUGAGCGAGUUUGUGCUGAAAAACCUGAACACGAUCCUCCUGAAGGUGCGCCGGCGACAGAAGGCACAGCUGACCGCGAACCUGCAGUGUCAGAUCGCGCUGACUGAGUACAACCAAGGAGCAGGACAGCAGCACCAUCAACACAGCCACCGCAGCUCGAUUAUUGACAUGCGACUGGAUGAUGGAAAAUCCUUCAGCAAAGAGAUCGCCUCAGGAUACUCUUCCGGUCAUCAUUCGGCGGUGGGUGACAUCGACGCCUUCGAUCACAUACUGCAGGUUUCUUCCCAUCACGACGCAAUGUACGCUUACUACUACAUGGACGAAGACAAUAAGGUUAAGGUGACGGAAAUAUUUGACAUGAGCGAAAGCGACAAUCCUGCUCUACAGACUGCCAACGAGCGCGAGGCGAACCAACAGCUCGAGUUCGACACGGACUGGGAAACGACACAGCCAGAUUUCCUCUACGCCAACUCGUACGGUGGAGACAAUAUAAUUGACAUCGAAGAGUUCGAUCCCAGCAUCUUUAUGAGUGGAAACCACCAUCAUCUCAUGAGCGGUGGCAACAACAACAACUCCGGACCUCCUAACACCUUGACGCAGUAUCCGAUCAACCCGUGGGAGUGCUCGCAGGUGCAGAUCGAGGAGCUGCCGACCGACUUCAACGAUCCCUCGCUCGAACCAGAGGCAGACCAGCAGACGAGCCUGCUGUCGGAAUCGGCCACCCUGCUGCUGAGCAAACCACCUUCGUCCUACUCGAUCGAAAUGUAGAAAUAGUGCCGGCUAGUGCUAGUGAACUGAGCGUACCAGUUUGGGGCGUAGCCGAAG